AUGGCAGAAAUAAAAAAGAUUUUUGAUUGCGAAAAUGUGAAUGGUGUCAAUUUAUCACUUAAAGUUAAAAGUCGGAAUAGUACACCCAAUUCAAUGAGUUUUACGAUUUCUUUUAAAAAUAAAGAAAAUAAAUCGCAUUGGCACAAAAAAUCUCUAAUUUUAGCAGUUAUACUUAAUAUUAUAUCUUUAAUUUAUAUAAGAAUAAGUGUUACAGCAAUACUAAUUAUCGUAAUUGUUUUAUCAUUUUUAAUUUUUUUUUGGAUUACGCACAGUGUUCAAUCAGAGACAAUUCUAGUGAUACCAACUGUGGGCAUACAAAAUUCUGUUACAUAUGUUUUGGGCCAAGAAGACAUUUUUGUGCCAUGGUCAAGUAUUGAAGAUGUUAUUAUUAAUGAAGUCAUUAAAUUGAAUAGAGUUCUGUACUAUCUUACACUUCUUGUUAAAACUGGAACAACUCAAGCAAAUCAAGAGUCUGAAGGCAUUAAGUUGAUACCAUUAUUUAAGUAUACAAAGCCGCGGCUUGUGAUGCUUGAAACAAUUUACUCCGAGUUACAAACUUUGUUGAUGGCUGCGCAGCGAGAAGGGCUUGAAGUUGGUUCCGGGGACAAACAAUAA